UCCAACAUCUGGACACUGGUGCAGCGCAUCCACCAACUGCAAGCUAAGCAAGUGCAGGCCUUCCGCAAGCUGGAGGACCAGUACCUGCACAGUGUCCCAACAUACGUCUUCAGGCGCUACUGGACCACAGUGCAAGUGACCCAGGCCUUCGCUGCCUCGUGGGAGCUGCUAGGGGUGAAGGCCGAGCUGGCCAGCCCCAGAGCACAGCGGCCGCUCGCCUGCCAUGUGCACAGCCUACAGCUGCUGCAGCAGACCCUUGCCACCUGCUGCUGUGGCCCUGCUGCAAUCAUGAGGGCACCAGAGCUGACAGGGCAAGAGGACACCCUACAGCUGUGCUGGCUGAUGAUAAAGGUAAUUAAAACCUUUAAAGCUGUCAGCAAGGUUCUCCAGGACCUCAGGUUUGAUGCAGAAUCGCUGAGUGAUUGA